ACAAUUUUCCCUGAAAUCAAUUUGGGCUGAGCUAUAUAUUUCUCAUCUAAUAUGGACCAUUGUCGUCGCGCUGGCAAGCGAGUCUGCCUCACCUAUUUGCUUUCAUUUUUCCUCCUCUCGGCGUUUUUCUACUACCUAAUGGCGCACAACAGCAGGAAUAAUAUGGGUAUAAUGCGCCUUCGGGAGGAUGUGGACGAUAUAUCGCACAUGCUCCGCCAGCAGCAGAUGGACAGCAGGGGAGGCCAGAUCUCGGGCAAGUUCAACUGCCUGGGAGGAGAGCCAAAGGGUUUGGGAUCUGGGAGGUGUGAUAACCGGGACAUAAGUGCCUAUGUGGACACUUUGUUCAAACGCAAGAUCGGACAUUUAAUGGACGACGUAUAUAACCUGAAGAAACAGUUGAUGAAUGCCGACUGCUCAGCUCGGACAGCUCAGUUCAGUCCCCCAAAGGAACCCGUUUCGCUGGCGAAACCCCGCAUUAACUACGCCUCCGAGGAUCUGGGCGCCAGGAUCAUCGACGUGAAGGCCCAGCCCAUGGGUGGUACCAAUAUUAUAAAAACACUGCUGGGACUGGAUUUCAGCGCCAAUCCGCCCGUGAAUAUACUGCGACCGGGACUUUCCCCGGGAGCCUGCUUCGGAUUCAAUGGAAGUCGGGCAAUCGUGACCCUUCAUCUGGCCAAGACCAUCGUCGUGGAGGCCCUAACCCUUACCCAUGUGGCCCGCGAAAUGACGCCCAGUUUGUGCGUGAAGAGUGCCCCCAAAGAUUUCGAUGUGUAUGGUCUCCCGUUAAACAAUUCCAAGCGGCAGUUGUUGGGACAGUGGACCUUCGAUAACGCGGCCAACAGACGCACUCAAAGCUACACUGUGCACAAUGACUUCUUAUUUCGAAAUCUGGUUUUUGCAUUUAACUCGAACCAUGGUGCGAAUUCUACCUGCAUAUACCGCGUUGAAGUGUUUGGAAGACUGAAAUAAUGCGCUUAGUUUAUUUUUUGAAAUGUUUUUAUAUUUUAUUUUUUUUAAG